AUGGCCGAUGAUCACAAAAUCGACGGACAGGCGGCGCCAAACGGUGACGAGGAGAAUGCGGAAAUCUCGGCUACUGAGAUAGAGCAUGGGGAUGCUGGUGUCGGCGGUGAUGGCCACGAUGAUCAGAGAGUCACCUUGACAGAGGAGGACAACAAGAGAAUUCGCCGCAAAACUGACCGCGUCAUCCUGACCAUUCUAGUUUGGGUUUACUUUCUUCAGAUUCUGGACAAGACGAUACUUGGAUACAGCGCCAUAUUUGGGCUGCGAGAAGACGCGAAUCUGGAGGGCAACCAGUACUCGGUGGUCGGCUCCAUUGCCCCCAUUGCCCAGCUGGCUUGGCAGCCCUUCUCGUCCAUCUUGAUCGUCAAAGUACCACACCGGAUCCUCAUGCCGGUGCUCGUUCUGGGCUGGGGCAUUGCGCAGGCCUGCACGCCGGCCUGCCGCAGCUUCAGGAGCCUGCUCGUCGACCGCUUCUUCCUGGGCCUGUUCGAGGCCGGCUGCCUCCCCCUGUUUUCUAUCAUCACCAGUCAGUGGUACCGGAGAUCGGAGCAGCCAGUGCGAGUCGCCGCCUGGUAUGGGACCAACGGUCUGGCCACCAUUGUUGCCGCCCUUCUCUCGUACGGGCUAGGCAGCAUAAAGUCGCCGAUUCUUGCUCCCUGGCAGAUCAUCUUUUUGUGUACCGGCCUCGUCACCAUAGCUACCGCUCCGUUUAUCUACUGGAAACUGGACAGUGAUAUCCCCUCCGCCCGGUUCCUGACCAAGACGGAGCGUGCCCAGGCACUUGAACGACUCCGAGCCAACCAGACGGGCGUGGGAUCUCAAAACCUGAAAUGGAGCCAGGUUCUUGAGGCAUUCCUCGACGUUAAGACGUACCUCUUCAUCGCCAUGUCUCUCGCCAACAAUCUCGGCGCGCAGGUUACCAACACUUUCGGACCGUUGAUCCUGAGCGGUCUCGGCUUCGACAAGUACAAAACCACGCUGCUCAACAUCCCUUUUGGGGCCAUCCAGUACGUGAUCAUCUUAGCCGUUGCCUGGGCGGCGGCCAAGCUGCGGUGGAAAUCCAUCACGCUGUUGGCCAUUCUGGUGCCCAUCCUCGCAGGACUUGUGCUACUCUACGCGAUGCCGCGGGGCGAAGGGGGCCAGGCGCAGAACACUCCAGCGCUUCUGGCGGGGUACUACCUCCUUGCUUUCAUCUUUGGCUGCAACACACUCAUUGUGGCGUGGAUCCUCGCCAACACGGCGGGCCAGACCAAGAAGGCGGCCAUGAUGUCCCUCUACAACGCCGCUUCAUCCGCUGGAAACAUCAUUGGCCCGUUGCUGUUCACCGCUGCCGACGCUCCCUCCUACCUCCCUGGCCUCCGCAGCACGCUAGUCGUGUUUAUCGCCAUGGGGGUUGCCAUUCUUCUCCAGGCCGCCAAUCUCCGGCUGCUGAAUCGCCGACAGGCACGCCUGCGCGUUGCCCACGGUAAGCCUGCCCGUCUGCAUGACCGCUCGAUGGACCAUGAGUACGUGGCUGCUUCGGAAGACGAGGAUAGCACUCGCAACGGGACUGGUAAUCAGGCCUUUGCAGAUUUGACAGAUCGCGAGAACGACGAGUUCAUAUAUGUUUACUAG